CACUAUUUCUCGAACGCAGUUUAACCUACCUCCAGAACUUGACGUUUGUCUCGUGACAUUAUUGGGAAAUAUUUAGCUAUAAUGCUUUUUAUGAAUGUAUUGACUAAAUACAAUGUUUGAACAUUCAGUCAAAGUACCAAGACAUUACAAAAUCGCUGCAAAUAUCUUUAAGAAAGUCUCUACAGAAGGUGGAAGCGUUAAGUCUUUGUUAUACGACGACAAACUUCGGCAUUUUAGGACGAAUGUGCUUUUCGCACUUAUAACAGAAACAAUCAAACAUGCGGGUGACAUAGACAAAAUAUUUGAGAACAGUAAAAUAUUAGAAAACGAGACACGUUUAGACCCAUGGCUAGCCAAAAUUCUCACCGCAGAACUCCUGUUCGGCAAAAAGGCUUUACCUGGCAAAAGCAAGCCGGAGCAAACAGUCCUUUCAUACAAAGACCAGUUUGAGAAAUAUAUUUCUGACCAUCAAGAUGACUUGAAGACUGAAGUUGCGCCACGACCACGUUAUGUCCGAAUCAACACCAAUCUCCUUACAACAUCGGACGCAAUCAGAGCAUUCCAAGAUGAAGGCUACAAGUUCAUUCGCUGCACGUCAGGGUCCUAUGCCGACUACCUAGAACAGAUACAGAAACUCACAGAGUAUGACUUUACACAGGACUAUCACAUCAAGACCAUAUUCGUGUUUGCAGCGGGCACGAAGUUACAUGAACAUGAAUUGUACUUGGAGAAUAAAAUUAUUCUUCAAGAUAAGGCCACAGCGAUGGCUGUCCACCUGCUGGCGCCGCCGCCAGGGAGUGUCGUGUUGGACAUGUGUGCCGCCCCUGGCAUGAAGACCACUCAGCUGGCUGCUUAUAUGAGGAACAAUGGUCGCAUAUUUGCCGUCGAGAGGAAUGAAAAAAGGUAUCAAACGCUAAGUGAGUUCGUAGUAAGGACUGGAUCGACCUGCGUAGAGACGUUUCAUAAAGACUCUUUGGAGAUCAAGAGAGGUGACAUGGAUGAUGUUGAAUAUAUACUGCUGGACCCCAGUUGUUCUGGAUCAGGCAUGGACUUCUGCGUGCACAACUACAUAGAAAGCACACGACUAGCGAAGCUCACAUCACUCCAAGAGAAAUUCCUGAAACACGCUAUGAAUGCUUUUCCCAAAGUUAAAAGAAUAGUUUACAGCACCUGUUCUCUAUUCCCUGAAGAAAAUGAACGCGUGAUCACUAAUGUAGUUAAAACUUCUAGAACUAAAUGGAGAGUCCAAGAUGUCAAAGAGCUGUUAAAAGGACAGUGGAAUAAUGUUGGAUCUGGUAUGUACGGGAGUAUGGGAGCAAGAUGCAUGUAUGCAAAACCUGAUUCAGAUUUCACAACAGGAUUCUUCUUAGCCGUCCUUGAUAGAGAUCCAAAAGAUUUACAGAAGAGUUUAGAUGGUGAAAAAGCAGGCAAGAAAGAGAAGAAAUAUAAGGUUGAAAAUGGAAGCAGUGAUAGUGAAUUAUCUAGUAAAAAGACAAGGGACGUAGGUGAAGAAGUCAAUGGAGUUCAAAAUGACAUGGAGGUUGAGGAAACUAAGCCUAAGAAAAAGAAGAAGAAAGAUAAAGAGGCAAACGAAAAUACAGAACCUGAUUCUACUAAUGUAGACACAGAAUAUUCUACAGAAACGUCAACUAAAAAGAAAAAGAAACGCAAACAUGAUGAACCUCAACCAGUAACUCAAAUUAUAGAAGAAUUAAACGAAUUAGCUGUAGAAGAUGAAGCCCCAAAGAAAAAAAAGAAGAAAGAUAAGAAAAGAGAAGAGGAAAACACUGAAUCUCUUGUUGGAAAUAAUAUUGAAGAAGAUUCAGAAGUACCUAAAAAGAAGAAAAAGCGGAAAAAGGACUUAGAUAAGACUAUUGGUGAGGAAACGGAACUUACUGAAAAUCAAGUCAAGAAGAAGAAAUCCAAAAAGGAUGAUCAUGAAUUAUCCGAAAGCGUAAACACUGGAGAUACGAGUGAAGUCAGCGAAGCACCAAAAAAGAAAAAGAAGAAAAAUAAAGGUGAAUAGUAAAUUGUAAAUUGGUUACAUCAUGUGUACCGAAGUUUUUUUUACAUGUUAAUAAAUGAGUAUAAGAAUCA